GGCCGACGACCCGACCACCACGAUGAUGCUUGCGACCGGGACGACGGUGCAGCUCAAGACCGCAGCCAUGCUGGUCAAGGAGCGGCGGAUCGAGUUCCGCCGGGCGCGCAAGGCCGCCAACGCCGGCGCCGCGGUCGUCGUGGCCGGCGACAAGGCGGCCAAGGGCGCGAAAGCCAAGAGCAGCUCGCUCAUUGACGUGCAUGAGAUCCACCGCGUUGUCAAGUGGAAGGUCCCGCGCAAGAUUGGGCCGGGUCUCUCGAACCUCGGCAACACGUGCUACCUCAACUCGGUGCUGCAGUGCCUCCUCUACUCGCCGGCGCUCGUCCAGUACUUGCUGCCCCGCGCGACGGCAAAGGCGACGCCGCAGCUCAAGUCGGGCUUUGCGGCCGAGAAGGUCAUGGCCCGGCUCAUUGCGCAGAUGCACGCGUCGAAUGCGCCGCGCGUCGUGCAGCCGCGCGAGCUUGUCGUGAACCUCAAGCAGAUUGCCAAAUUCUUUCGCAUUGGCCGCCAAGAAGACUCGCACGAGUUCUUCCGGCACCUCCUCGAUGCAAUGCACAAGCAGGCGCUCAAGGCCGCGGGUCUCAAGGACGACAACUCGCCGCUCUCUCUCUCGACGCUCGUGCACUCUGUCUUUGGCGGCUCGUUGCGCUCGUACGUGCAGUGCGCCAAGUGCAAGUACGUCUCGGAGCGCCUCGAGCCGUUCCUUGACCUCUCGCUCGAGAUCUCGUCGGGCAUCUCGACGAUCGCCAACGCGCUGCGACACUUUACAGCGGUGGAAACGCUGGAUACAGAGAACGCGUGGAAGUGUUCGGGCUGCAGCCAGCGCAGCCGCGCGAGCAAGGGCCUCUCGAUCCACAGCGUCCCGAACGCGCUUGUGCUUCAUCUCAAGCGCUUUGACGUCUUCCGCGGCAAACUCAAAAAACACAUUGCCUUCGAUGACGUCCUCGACCUCAACCUCGGCGGGUCGGUGCUGAGCGCCAAGUGCGCCGAGAAGAAGCUCGCGCGCUACAAGCUCACGGGCGUCCUGGUGCACUCGGGCAUGUCGCCCGACUGUGGUCACUACUACGCAUUCGUCAAAAGCCCGGCCGGCCAGUGGUUUGAAAUGAACGACGAGAGUGUCCGCAUGGUGCAGCUGCAGACCGUGCUCUCACAGCGCGCGUACAUGCUCUUCUACACGCGGGACACGGUGCCCAAGGCGCCGACACCCGAGCAACCGGUGGCCGCCGCACCGUCACCGACACUGACACCGACACCGGUGGUCGACGAAGCGGUCCCGACCAAGGUCGUUGUCGACAAGGACGAUGAUGUGACGUCGGAAGAGAGCGUCAGCGACGACGACGACGAGCGCACUGUGGUCGAGAACGAGCCCGAGCUCGUCAAGGGCGGCUCGCUCAAGACCGUCAUGACGCCAAUGGCCUUUGCGCCCACCUUUACGGGCCGCAUCGGACGCUUGUCCCGCUUCGGAGCCCCGUGGAAGCGGUACGUCGUGCCCCGGCGCAGGCCCAAGGCGCCGGUCGAUGUCCAAGCUGCACCGGUGGUCGUUUCCAACAAGCCGGCUGCCGAGCCGAUUGCGAUCAACCCCAAGACCCUCAACAAGAACAGUCUCUUUGGCGCCGAAGUGCCCCAGUGGAACGACGACGCAGUCGAUGACGCGACGCCGCUCGACGCGCAGAGCAUUGCGCUGCAGACGGAGCACAACAAGAAGGUCCGGCUGCUCAACCAAGAAGUUUUCAAGCACAAGAAGAAGGUCGGUCUGGACCUCUGGGACCAAACGCUCGACCUCGGCAAGAUCAAGAAGGUCAAGAAGCGCAAGGAGUUUGUCGCGAACGAGGGUGCGACCAACCAGUUUCAGCGGGCGCUCGAGGUCAAGAAGAAGGCCAAGCGUGUAUGAUGAUGAUGGACACUUGCGCCCGCAACUGCGCCUUAGACGAUAAACGAACCUCAGAAGGAUCCGAAUAUAUACCUAGUAUUAUGACUGUACAA